UCCCUCCUGUGACUGGAAUGAGGUGAACCCUGUCACUGGUCCCACUACUGUAUAAACCAGUCUUUGUGGCACAUCAAGUGUGGGGGGGAAAUAUGUUUGGGGAAACACAACGAUAACGUUUUAGCAACUAAGACUUUGGCAAUACUGACUAGAGUGGUUCGGAGCGUGUCUUUUUCGCCAUGGCGGAGCACACGCGUCGAGGAGCGCAGUAAAAGUUGUGUGUUCCGGAGAGCACCUGACAUCCGCCCGACAUGACCCUCGGCGCGGUGUCCGGCUCCGGCAGCUCGCCGGCGGUCAGCUUCUGCUCGUGUUGCGGGGCCAAAAUGGUGCCUUACUUCAGCGACGACGCGGUGGUGUCAAAUAAUCAAAUCAACCAACUUAUCAGCGAGAGCUUCCUCACGGUAAAAGGUGCCGCCCUUUUCCUCCCAAGAGGAAAUAGUCCCAUGCCAAACUUUGCACCUCAUAUCAGCCAACGCUGGAACAAGCACACAGGGGAUCUCCAGAAGCAUCUUCAGACUAUGUUCACUGUGCUGCGGCCAGAGGAUACAAUCCGACUGGCUGUACGUCUGGAGAGUUCCUACCCUCAGGUAACCCGCUACAUGGUGGUUGUCUCCACCAAUGGUAGACAAGACACAGAGGAAAGCAUCGUUCUUGGCAUGGACUUCUAUUCCUCUGACAGCUGCUGUACAGUGGGUCUGGUUCUACCUCUGUGGAGUGACACGCUGAUCCACUUGGAUGGAGAUGGAGGUUUUAGUGUGUCAACUGUGAACCGUGUUCAUGUUUUCAAGCCAGUCUCAGUCCAGGCAAUGUGGUCGGCUCUCCAGUCGCUUCACAAAGCGUGCGACGUUGCCCGCUGCCACAAUUACUACCCAGGCAGCCUGUUCCUGACAUGGGUCAGCUAUUAUCAGAGCAGGAUCUCCUCCAACCAGUUCUGCAUCAACGAGUGGAACGCCAUGCAGGAUGUUGAGUCACACCGUGCCAAUUCACCUGUUCUCUUCACAGAUUUACCCACUGAGAGAGAGCGCACAGAGAGACUGAUAAAGAUGCGCCUCAGAGAGAUCAUGAUGCAAAAAGACUUGGAGAAUGUCACCUGCAAGGAGAUCCGCACAGAGCUGGAGAUGCAGAUGGUGUGCAACCUGAGGGAGUUCAAGGAGUUCAUAGACAAUGAGAUGAUUGUCAUCCUUGGACAAAUGGACAGCCCCACGGAGAUCUUUGAACAUGUUUACCUGGGCUCUGAGUGGAACGCUUCCAACCUGGAGGAGCUGCAAAACAGCGGCGUCCGCUACAUCCUGAAUGUGACAAGAGAGAUAGACAACUUCUUCCCGGGAAUGUUUGAGUACCACAACAUCCGGGUGUAUGACGAGGAGGCCACCAACCUGCUGGAGUACUGGAACGAAACCUACAAGUUCAUCACCAAAGCCAAGAAAGCCGGUGCCAAGUGUCUGGUCCAUUGUAAGAUGGGCGUGAGCCGCUCGGCCUCGACAGUGAUCGCCUACGCUAUGAAGGAGCAUGGCUGGACGCUGGACGCCGCCUUUGAAUAUGUGAAGGAGAGACGAGCCGUCGCCAAACCUAAUCCUUCCUUCAUGAAACAGCUGGAGGAAUAUCAGGGAAUUCUGCUCGCCAGCAAACAGAGGCAUAAUAAACUAUGGCGCUCCCACUCAGAUAGUGACCUAUCUGAUCGUCCAGAACAAUUGUGUAAAACCUCCUCUCACCCCUUGGGGCGCUCAGACUCUCAGAGCAACAACAAUAAUUCCUCCCCCGCCUUGCAUCAUUUCCUGGGCGUGGCCGUGCUCCAGGCUCUAGUUUCUCAACCCGACGAUGCCAUGAAAUCGACCCCUGACCGACACGCACAACGCGACGACGCACGUGACUCACCGGUUGAGGAGUCGGUCCGAACGGAUUGCGACGGCACGGUCCCGCCUCCCUCGCCACAUCCAAACGCAGCCAAGCUCGCCCCAGAGGAAACGCUCGCCAACGCUGCGAACGCGGUCGUCACGGCACCUGCCAUCUUUCCCGAUCCUCCUCCCUCGCUCCACAUCCUCCCCCCAACUCCUCAUCUUCAGCGUGCCCACGAGAAUCACGUAACGCCGUUGGCCAGCCCAGGGAACCAACCACUGGAACUGUUUCUUCACUUCCCGGAGCAAAGCAGCUCCGAGGACCUUUCUCCCAUCACCGUGAUGUCCUCGGACACCUCACAACAGUCGCCGUCAGAUUCUCAGAGUGACAGACACAGCCCGCCCAGCCCGGUCAGCGACACCCCUCUCCCCACGCCGCUUGCCUCAACUGGACCCAGCGACGACAACAACAACCCCAGCGAACCUCAAGCGGACGGCCGCGGCGAAGCCGACGGCUCUUCCGACCACAGCUCGGACAGCAUCGACUUCUUCAGUGCCAGGGAGAAGUUUCUGGGCUUAGCCCAAGAGGACAGAGCACAGAAACUACCGGAGCAAAACAUGGAUGGUGACGACAACAGAGGAGCUGAAGAGGAGGAGGAGAGUGAACAAAGGACAAGUCAGUCCGAGGAUAGCGAUGACAAGCUCAGCCCCGACAGUCUGCAUCAGCCACACCACGACAACGGAAUAUCAGUCCGCCAUAUUGUCACUGAGAUCGAAGCCAUAUGCCACCCGACUACUUCCUUAACUUCUCCCGACCCCUCCUCUCCGUCGCCCGUCCCUCCGCCCUCACGCAGCCUUCCGCUCGUCCGGUCGGAUCCUGGGGAGGAGCCGGAGCCCGAAGUCGCGCUGCCCUCUUCGACUCCUCCCUCGCACCUGCAGUCCCCCUCGACGCUGCCGUGCGACCUGCCGGCGGGCGCUGUGCGGCGGGCCACCGAGCAGCUGGAGCAGAAGCUGAGGCGGGAAAUAUUGGAGAUGGCCGCCACGCAGCGCUCCCCGCUGCCGUCCCCCUGCAGCGAACACCCUCCUGUCCGAACGUCUGAACAGCCAAACCACUCUACCCAGGGCGAGACCACCGGUGAGGACGGAGGCACACUAACAGGACUGAACAGCUCAGGAACAGUUAACCUCCAAAACACUUCCAUCGGCCAGAUUGGUGCUCUACCACAUCCCCUAAGUCAUAUGAUGUUCGAUUCUCACACAGUAGACUCCUCUCGUCAUACCUCAGCCCAAACCCAAAGAGACAGUGGGCUCCAAAUGAGCCUGGAUGGGGUCACAAUCCAGGAGUCGGACCUCGAUGAGAACUCAGAGUCCUCAGGCCGGCGAGGAAGUUGCAGUCCCGACUGCGCCGCACAGAAGCGUCUGGCACGCGGCAGCCUGGAACUGGAAAAGAUUCAGCAGACGCUGAGAGAACUGCAGGCGUUCCUCCACGACACGGGGCAGCCUCAGGGUCCGAGGGACAUCAUGGAAGUGGAGCCUCCUACGGCCCUGGAUGCGGCCCAGCGGCUCAGACAAGACGGGAAGAGCUUCCUGGAGCCGGCCGGGUGGCACCGAGCUAUCGAGCUGGAGGCUCGCAUCCGCCAGGCGGGCCUCACCCCGCCUUCUCUCAUGAAGAGGUCGGCCUCCUUGGCUAAACUGGACUGCCUGGAAUUGUCAGCCAACGACCUCAGCGACCUCGACCUGAGGCAGCACGCCCGGACGACGGCGUACACCCACUACGCUUUCCCCACGUCUCCGUCUCACUCGGACGACACGUGGAAGAAGCAGAAAGUUCUCACGCCGAGCGACUGCCCCGAGCGUUUGUCCCGUGAAGACCUCCCUCCGUCCCUCUCCCCCGAGAGGAACGAGCGGGAGAAGCCGGAAGGCGGCGGGUGCGGCUCGCUGGGUGCGGCGUCACGGCAACAGGGGAGGGCUCACUCUUCCCGACGUUCCCGGAAAGCCGGCGAAAGGAAGCAGCGCGCUGCUGCCGCCACACUGCUGUACAACACCAUGUGACCUCACCCGUGCACCAUGUGUCCUCACUGCAACGCACACUAGGGGACUCGGCUCCGGGUGCGCCAAUGGAAUUUGUAGCAGGUGUGUUUGCAAUGUGAUGAUGCGAGUGUGUGUGUGAGUGUGCGCGUGCGCGCGCGUCUGCACGUCAAAUUGUGAGACAUACAGAGACAUGAUUCUAUGGAAAGCCAUUUUAGAAUCUGUUUGAUAAAUGCUUGAAAGGCUUUCUAUAGAAGUCAGAUUUACCUCUCAUGCACCCCAACUGAAAUACUCCUGUUAUAUAAUGAAAUACAUGUUUUCGUACUGUGUAUGAGAGCGUUUCGGUAGUGCGCUGUGUGAGAGGUCAUCCUGAAUUGUGUUGCUGACGACCCCUCACGUCAACUUCUGGAUGUGUUUGAACUGGAUUGACAAGCUGUCAUGCACACAAUGAACCACGCACUCCAUGUUUGUUUUUUUAAUGUCCAGUGACGUUGACUGCAAAGUGUAUAAAACUCCAACAACAAGAGGGCUUCUUCUCAAAACAUGCACUUUACUGUUUUGAUCGUUUUAUUUGAUUUCUUAACAAAAAUGUUUUGCACUGAAGUCAAUGGAGGCUUGACCAGCCUCUUGUAUUUUUGUUUUUCCACAAAUGGACAAUUGUCUUUAAUUCAUGUUUUAAUUAAAACGGGGCAAAGCGGAUAUUUUCAGAGCAAUUUUUUUUUUAAUUCAGAGCUUUAGCAGUUAAUAAAUACAGUGUGCUUGUUU